AUGAGCGAGAGUGCAGACAGUCGCGUCUGGCACGGUGCGGGAAUCUUGGCAGCGACAAAGGUAAAACAGACUUUCUUGAUAGCUGUUGCAGUGUAUUAUAAUGAGAGGAUGGUACAACUGACGGACAGAGGUUCGGUCCCGGUCAUCGUGCUCGCCUGUCCUCGGGACCGGCACACUGCGGCGUCUACGUCGACCCGUAGAGGAUCUCUGCCGCGUGAUAGCUGCUCCACCCUGGUCAACGCCAGAUCCCCGACUCCGAACAUACACAUAUGUCACAGCCUGACCUGCCCUGGACAGGACGGCUUCUACGCGCACCCGACCUUCUGCACAGAUUACGUCCACUGCGUUGCCGGCGUCCCAUAUGUCAAGAAAUGUCCUUCCAACCUGAACUUCAAUGCGGUGAAAGGGGCGUGUGACCACUCGAGGGACGCCCACUGCACGCCCUUCAAGAAGUCAUGCGAGCUGACGAUCCCCUUCGUCCCAGGAGGCGUGACAGACGACCUCGUGACGUGUGACUGCGAAGGCCCCUGCAUCAAGCCGCACCCGUAUCGCUGCGAUGCCUUUUACCACUGCGACGCUGUCAGUACUUGCUAUCUCUUUGUUCUCUUUUUCUUACUCUGUCCGUGCUGUCACUUAGUGACAAUGAAUUCAUUAACUCAGAAUCUAGAUCUAGUACGUUUCUUCCUCUAAAGCCGUCUGCCUGUUUCACUCUCCUGACUUCUUUCUCUCUCUUUGCUAUUCACAGGGAAUAUAACUGAAAAAUAAAAUGUACAUAAAUGA